GCCUUCGAGAGACUGAGCAGAGGCGGGAAAUGGCGCCUGGUAUCACAACGAUGUGUCAUUUCGGAGACGGCCCUUGGGUAGAUAUACAGUGAAAGUCUGCUCUGAUCACGAAAACAACCACCGGCUCUGUUGUGAUGGUUAAUCGGCCUUGAGUCGUUAUCUCCAGAUACUGCGGAUCACCAUAAACCUUACAUGUGACUGCUAAAAACAAUGAGGCUGAGAAUGCGUAAGGCGUCUCAGCAGCCCAACCCCAGUCUGGCGAGCCGCCCAUCCCGUACCAAGAGGAGGCAUUCAGAAGUAGAAGAGGACACUCCUACUAGUGGAGGGAGGGGCUUGUUCUCGACCAUCAAGAAGUUCAUCAGAGGAAAUGCUGUUAAGGUGCAGCAGGAGAGCCCAGCCAAGAAGACGCGCCUCCACUGUGAUGUGGACAACAACCUGAUCACCUCCACCACCCCGAACACCAACACCCCCCGCAAGACUAUCAGCAGGGUUGGCAGGAGAGGCUCCCUAAAUGGACAGGCCACCAAUCAUGACAGGAGUAAAGAGAAGCCGAACGGCAGUCUGGAGGAGACGACGGCUGUUGAGGUGGCCACCAGCCCUCCCAGAACCACCCUUCUUGGGACCAUCUUCUCCCCUGUUUUCAACUUCUUCUCACCAGCUAAAAAUGCUUCUUCUGGUUCAGACUCUCCAGACCAGGCGUUGGAGGCUGAGGAGAUAGUCAAGCAGCUGGACAUAGAGCAGGCUGUGGAGAUGCCCACAAGCACAGCCACAUCCACACAGGAGCUGUGUGCCACCACUAACUUCUACUCUAGUGUAUCACAGCUGCCACCUCUGCGACCUCCCCACAUCCCCGAGGGGUCUCCCACAGCGGUGGAGGGAGAGCUCGUUGCUGAUGCUGACCUUCCGCCCCUCACAGCUCCAGGCUCCAGUCCAGAUAUGGCAUAUGUGGACUCACCUCCCACCGCAGUACCACCAGAGGCAUCCUAUGAGGAAGACUGGGAAGUCUUUGACCCGUAUUUCUUCAUCAAGCACGUCCCUCCACUGACAGAAGAGCAGCUCACCCGUAAGCCAGCCUUGCCACUGAAGACACGCAGCACGCCUGAAUUCUCUCUGGUCCUAGACCUGGAUGAAACGUUGGUCCACUGCAGUCUAAAUGAACUGGAGGAUGCGGCACUUACCUUCCCAGUCCUCUUUCAAGAUGUCAUUUACCAGGUGUAUGUGCGUCUAAGGCCGUUCUUUAGAGAGUUUUUGGAACGCAUGUCUCAAAUCUAUGAGAUCAUCCUUUUUACAGCCUCUAAAAAGGUGUAUGCAGACAAACUGCUCAACAUCUUGGAUCCUAAAAAGCAGCUAGUGAGACACAGAUUGUUUCGUGAGCAUUGUGUCUGUGUCCAGGGAAACUACAUCAAGGACCUCAACAUCUUAGGCAGAGAUCUGUCAAAGACCAUCAUCAUCGACAAUUCACCACAAGCCUUCGCAUAUCAGUUGUCCAAUGGAAUUCCCAUAGAGAGCUGGUUCAUGGACAAGAAUGACAAUGAGUUGCUGAAACUGGUGCCCUUCCUGGAGAAGUUGGUUGAGAUGAAUGAGGAUGUGCGGCCGCACGUUCGGGAGAGGUUCCGGCUUCACGACAUGUUGCCCCCUGAUUGAACUUGACCACAGUCUGUCAGAACGGGACAGCAUGAAAAGACUGAAAACAACAUGCGUGUAAAAAGCUCCUCUUUGGAUUACAAACUACAACAUUGCCAUUACUCUUAAAAUUUUAGCCUUUUUUCCCCCCUUAUUUUUUGGGUUCAUUUUUUGUUUUUAAAUUCAGUUGCUUUUUAAAAAACAAAAAAACAACAAGGAAAACAUUUUUAAAGAUCUGGGUGAAAUUUUCUAAAUGUAUAGAUGAAAUUACACACACUAUGAACAAGCCCAGGUAAACUCCUCUUUUUGACUGACUCUCCAGCUGUGGAGCCGGAAAUCUCCUCCACGCUAAAUUCUGAAGUCUUGGUGCUGGGUUAGUGGAAACGAAAAUGCCACCUGGUAAAGAGGAACUCCGCCCUGACUGAGUCCCUGAAACCAAACCAACCCCUGGUGCUCACGCUGUUGACACUGAUGAAUAACAACACUCUGUGGCUACAGAUCAUUUUCAACAGGAACGACUGGCCUGUAAAUCAGUCUGUGCAUGUGUGUAUGUUUACUCACACGCGCGCACACACACACACACACGCACACACGCGCGCACACACACACACACACACACUGAUUUGGUGUGUUAGGCAAACCUAAACUCUGUAGCCUUUAAAAUCAUAUGCAUUCCUUGUAGCUGAGUCAAGUUUCUAUUGUUGGUUGCAGUUUUUUUCUGGUAAAACUGGUGUUUCAUUGUUUAAAAAAAAAAGAAAAAAAGAUAGCAUUUCAAAAUGUUUUACUUCUGUUUGUAAAAUAUGAUAUUUUAAAAGGGGUUAUGUAAGUUUUAUUGUAAGCCUUUUUCCUAUUAAUGUAGGAGAACAUGGGUGCUUAUUAAUGAAGACAGUCCACUGCAUAGUCAAAUGAAAUGGAAUUACUCCAAGACUUCAAGUAUCGUAGUUUUCAUUCUAACAAAUAGAGGUUUAAAAAGCAAUGUGUUGGCUUCACUGUGGACACAUGACUCCUUUAAUUAAAUGUUAGAAUUAAGAAUCUUCUUACCUGUAAAUCUGACACAUUGUAAAGGUUUGAGGGCAUUCAUUUUCAAAUGUGUCAACGUUAACCAUUCUUUAAUAAUAGUAUCUGAUUUGUCUAUAAUCAGUAUUGUCUUUUGCUCCUAAUCAAGUAUUCUGGCUAAAUCAGAGUUUUGUUUCCUUUAGUUGUAAUGUGUAAUUUGAUGGCUAUAUCAGUAGCAUUAUGACUAAUGUAGCACAUCUCUGCCAGUGUGUCAUGAAGUCUACCCAUGGUAGAAAUCUAUGGCCAGACCCUGUACCAGCCAUAUCUGGCACCAGCAACAUACUGUUGUAACAGUCAGCUUCACUGACUGCUCCUCUACCUGUUUAAUACUUUUUACUUUGUACUUUUAAGCUUUUGUUUAUUUUUUUCAUUUUACGUUUAGCGCAGUUUAAAGCAUUGUGUUUAAGAAUGGUAACUAUAUGAAUGUGUAUCUGCCCCGAUUUCAGCCUGGACACUCAAGCCAAACUGACACUCAUCUCCUCUGUUGUUUCAACUUGAUAGCGAGACAAACGGUGGUGGGCACAAAUGUAGAUGUUGUGUUGGCAUCCUUUACUAGCCUAAACCUGGGAGGUAAAGACAGGAAGCUCAAAUGCCUGUCUUCUGUCAUCGCCCCAAACCCUCAAGAGUUUAACUUGAAUCUCUGUGACAAUUUGGCAUGCAAUGUUGAACUUUUUUUCACUUUCCGUUCUGUUUGAAUCAAAGUGCAUUUUAUGUUAAAGCAAAUGUGAGCGUUUGGAUUUGUCUGGGUUGCCUGUACAGUGCCAUAAAUAAGAUUCCUCACAUCGCAUAUCCCCCCCUCCCACCCCCAAAAUGCUUAGAUGGAAAGAGACAAUCAGACCUCAAAGCUCUGCAGAUACUGACACCCACCCCUUCCCUUAUUUUUUUCUUUUUUUCAGUGUGCCGUAUAUGUUGUGUACUGUGAUCCCCUUCCCCUACGAGUAAAUGCCAGGUGAAUAUCCUGCUGUGCCCUGCCCAAACAAUCCCUGCUGCUCACUUAACGCAGGUUCUGUUCAGAGAUGGUUUCCAUAUGUUCAGCGCCUGCCUGACUUUGCCCCCCGCCGCCCCGAAGUUUUCCAGAAAUUUGUUUGUAUUCAAGUAAAGUUAUUACAGGGCACAAUAUUUACUCAGACGUUAUGUUGUGGGUACACAUGUCCAGACUAUGAAUGUAAAUUGUACACGGGGUGAAGUCUUGACUGUCUUUCCAGAUUCCUUGUUGUGUUCCCUCCUCAUCAACACGAACAGAUAGAUGAGAAGCAGAGGAGGCAAGAACAAUGUGCAUGGAAGAGGAAACCUGUCUUGAGGUCCCACUAUGGUAGCCCCUCCCUUACCCCUAUGACCUCUCACCAUCCUGACUGCCAGCUUUACUAUGCUAGCCUCACCUUGAGUGUGUGAUGUGGCCCAGGUGUGCUCGUCUGCUCAGUGGGCUGUGUGAUGAUGUAUAAUUAUCAGCCAUGGCUUGUUCCUGAAGGAUGGGUGGGAGGCAUUUGAUACUCUUCAUCCAGCUCAUUUUAUGUGCAUUACCAGUUUAUUGUACACUUCAGUGUUGUACAAUACAUGCAGCUUCAUGUUUUAAAAAAAAUCCUUAAAGUAAGGAAAAUCUUUUGUAUUUUUGAUUUCAAAAGGCAUGUCAUAUCUACUUUUUAAAUGUAUUAAUGAAGAUUUAACUUUACUUCAGAUGGAGUGUUUUUUUUUUUCUUACAAAUAUCUAUGUUUAGUUUAGCGCAAUGUUACUGAACUGUUAAAACUUAGCAUGUAGAGAAUACAGCUUGCUUUGUGGGGAAAGUCCUGAAUUAAAUUUUAAUCAUGGCACUUUUUCUGCAGAAAUGAGCAGUCGUGUUAAUGAUUUUCUUUUUUCAAUAUCCGUUAAGCCAUUUUACUUGCAAGAAUUGCUAUUUGUGCUGAAGAUGUAUUUAAAAAUGUUUUAAGACAUCUUUGUUAGCCAUCAGGCUAUAUGCUAUUGUAAAGUGUAUAUACAGUUACAUUGAAUUUCUGAAACAAAGUUUUAAAGUUAAAAACC